CUCCCUCUCUCUUGCGCUAUUUUUCUUUUCACUUUCUUUGCGCGAUUCUCUCUCCCUUUCUCACCAUCCAAGCAGAGAAGAAACCAGAGAAGAUGGUUAGCAAGGACCUGUACGUUACGGUUCCGACCUUCUUCAGGUGUCCAAUCUUCCUAGACGUGAUGAAAUCUCCUGUGAGCUUGUCCACUGGUGUAACCUACGACCGUGCCAGUAUUCAGCGGUGGCUUGACGGCGGAAACAACACUUGUCCGGCCACCAUGCAGGUACUUGACAGUAAAGACUUUGUUCCUAAUCGUACCUUGCAGCGACUCAUUAAGAUUUGGUCUGACUCGGUCAGUGCCAGAGUCUACUCGCUUGACUCGGUGCCAGUUCCCUCGACAGAACAAAUCAGAGACACAAUCAGAGCCAUGGAAACAGACAAAGGAAAUCAAAUCAGCGAAUAUUUAUCGAGAAUUGUUCGGUUUGCUAAGGAAUCGGACGGGAACCGGAGUUUUCUGGCUACAACAGCAGGAUUCGUAGCCAUCGUUGUUGAUCGUUUAAGCAACAAUGCCGAUGAUGCCGCGAUUAAAUAUGUUAAUACUCUCGAACAAGCUGUUAGGGUUUUAGAAUUAAUAAUCGACAAAUUUGGGGACAAAAAGGAAUUAAUGCGACUGAUCUUAAAGAGCGAUCGUAAUCGAUUGUCGUCACUGCUCCUUGUAUUACAACAAGGAAGCACGGAUUCACGAAUCGCAUCGCUAAAGAUUUUAGAAUCCGUGGCCGUCGACGCGGAAUCGAAGAUGCUGAUCGCGGAUCGAGACGGAAUUGUGACGAUCCUGUUGAGACUAAUCAGUACAGAGACGGAUCCAGGCUUGAUCGAGGCGAGCUUAUCGUGCCAAACAGCAAUUUCAACGCCGAGACGCGUCAGGUUAAGAUUUCUGAAACUCGGAUUGAUACCGGAACUGAAAAAACUGUUAGCGGCACCGAAUUCGAGUGUCUCGAUAACCGAGAAAUCGUUGAAACUGCUGGAGAUGAUGUCAGUGUGUAAAGAAGGGCGGGCGGAGAUAUCGGGGGACGCGUCGCUGGUAAAAUUGAUUGUACAGAAGUUGUUUAAGGUGUCGAGAGUUACGACGGAGCACGCCGUGACGAUAUUAUGGAGCUUGUGCUAUAUUUUCGAUGAGCAGGUGGCGCGUGAGGCGGUGGCGAAGAGUAACGGAAUGACGAAGGUGUUGCUUCUGAUGCAGAGCGAUUGCUCACCAGCAGUGAGGCAAAUGUCGGCCGAUUUGUUGAAGAUAUUUCGUGUCAAUUGGAAAUCCUGCGUAUCGAGUUACGACACUAAUACUACUCAUAUCAUGCCGUUUUGACCAAAAAGAAAAAAAAUCGUUGCUUUUGUUGGUUCUUUCUUAUUGUUAGUUUUUCCCAUCCAUGUUUUUCUCUGUUUGCAGAGAUGGAGAGAAAAUUUUGUAAGCAAAUACACAAGAAAGAGAAUUCUUUUUCAUUUCAAUCACAAUUCAUUGUUCAAA